AUAGAUCCAAUUCCUAUCACCACUAGCCACAACUAUCUGAUCAAGUUUUCAACCCAAUCUGUCAUCGGUCCUCACCUACUCCUCCAGCUAUAUAUAACCCGUGCUCCUCCCCCAAUUCUCCUCAGCUCUACUCCAAGAGCGCUCUACACACAAGUCCACAAUCUAUCUAAAACCCAAACGACAAAAAAGAAAAGGAAGGGUGCGCUGCGGAUCGUUCAUGGCGGCCGUUGCCAAGAUCGCCAUGGAGUGGCUCCAAGACCCUCUGAGCUGUGUGUUCCUGGUCACGCUGGCCGUGGUGCUCCUGCAGCUCCGUCGACGGGGCAAAGCGCCUCUGCCGCCUGGCCCGAAGCCGCUGCCGAUCGUGGGCAACAUGGCGAUGAUGGACCAGCUGACCCACCGCGGCCUGGCGGCGCUGGCCGACAAGUACGGCGGGCUGCUCCACCUCCGCCUUGGCCGGCUGCACGCGUUCGCCGUGUCCACGCCCGAGUACGCGCGCGAGGUGCUGCAGACGCAUGACGGCGUGUUCUCGAACCGCCCGGCGACCAUCGCCAUCGCGUACCUGACGUACGACCGCGCGGACAUGGCGUUCGCGCACUACGGGCCCUUCUGGCGCCAGAUGCGGAAGCUGUGCGUGAUGAAGCUCUUCAGCCGGCGGCGCGCCGAGACGUGGGUGGCCGUGCGCGACGAGUGCGCGGCGCUGGUCCGCGCCGUGGCGACGUCCGGCGGCGAGAAGGCGGUGAACCUGGGCGAGCUCAUCUUCACCCUGACCAAGAACGUGACGUUCCGGGCCGCGUUCGGCACCCGCGACGGCGAGGACCAGGAGGAGUUCAUCGCCAUCCUGCAGGAGUUCUCCAAGCUGUUCGGCGCCUUCAACAUCGGCGACUUCCUGCCGUGGCUGGGGUGGAUGGACCUGCAGGGGAUCAACCGCCGCCUCCGCGCCGCCCGCUCCGCGCUGGACCGCUUCAUCGACAAGAUCAUCGACGAGCACGUGAAGCGCGGCAAGAGCCCCGACGACGCCGACGCCGACAUGGUCGACGACAUGCUCGCCUUCUUCGCCGAGGCGAAGCCGGCCGCCGUGAACGGCGGCGCGGCCGCGAACGGCGACGACCUGCAGAACACGCUCCGCCUCACGCGCGACAACAUCAAGGCCAUCAUCAUGGACGUGAUGUUUGGCGGGACGGAGACGGUGGCGUCGGCGAUCGAGUGGGCGAUGGCGGAGAUGAUGCACAGCCCCGACGACCUCCGCCGCGUGCAGCAGGAGCUCGCCGACGUCGUUGGCCUGGACCGGAACGUGAACGAGUCGGACCUGGACAAGCUCCCCUUCCUCAAGUGCGUCAUCAAGGAGACGCUCCGUCUCCACCCGCCGAUCCCGCUGCUCCUCCACGAGACCGCCGACGACUGCGUCGUGGGCGGCGGCGGCGGCCGCCGCUACUCCGUGCCCAGGGGCUCCCGCGUCAUGAUCAACGUGUGGGCCAUCGGCCGCCACCGCGGGUCCUGGAAGGACGCCGACGUGUUCCGCCCGUCCCGGUUCACCCCCGACGGCGACGCCGCGGGGCUCGACUUCAAGGGCGGCUGCUUCGAGUUCCUGCCCUUCGGGUCCGGCCGCCGGUCCUGCCCCGGCACGGCGCUGGGCCUGUACGCGCUGGAGCUCGCCGUCGCCCAGCUCGCGCACGGCUUCAACUGGUCGCUGCCCGACGGGAUGAAGCCCUCGGAGCUGGACAUGAGCGACGUCUUCGGGCUCACCGCGCCGCGCGCCACAAGGCUCUACGCCGUGCCGACGCCCCGGCUCAACUGCCCCCUGUACUGAAAGCUGAAACUGAUGACGGCGUAUGCAUGUGUGUUUGGACUCUGGACUUUGGGGAAUGGGGUGUGGGGAGUUUAGAGGGCUUUCUCUGUCGUCUUUUUUUUAAUCUGUUUAUUAUAAUUUUCCGGACCCUUCAUUAAAAUUAAACCAUGCCUGAUCGAUGUUGUAGGUUAAUAAUAAGGGUAUUCUCAUGGCUAGCUGUGCAUGCCUAGGCAAGGAAGUAAAAUGAUCCAAGAUUCCAAGUUGUGGCUGUGUAAGAACUCAUCAAAUUGUUUUAAAACAUGCCAGUCACAGAUUCCAUGAACUUUCAUGCAUGUGAAAUGUCUUUGGCUCCUUUGUAGUACUGUAUAGACAAGUUAUGUAUGUCCGCAUCUCUUUUUAAUUUUACA